CCGGCCGUGGAACUGGUGACACGUUGACGCAUAGUGGCGGCAGCUUUCAAUAUCAACAGCAAUGAUGGGGGAGGGCAUCGAGACUUUGCCUCAAGGGGGGCUGCGGGGAACCCCUCUUGACCUGCAGACUGAGGAGGAAGUGUCCGCGCUGUCGAUUGUGAUCAUCUACAAACAGCAGCUGGAGGAGAUGUAUGCUGCGCUGUGUCAAGAGCAUGGCGAUCUGCCAUGUGACGUUCUGUUGGAGGGUGUGGAGAUCUACGAUGGGUGGGAGGAGGAACUUUAUGAGCAGAUCUCCCUUCGACAGCGGGAUGCGAUCGACAGAGCGUGGGCCAUUACUGCUCUCCACGACUGUGCUGGGAUGAUGCAGCAGGUCAAAGAUAUGUUUGCUGGCCUUCUAGCGAGGAGACACGCGAGUGGUCCGACAGACACCAUGACAUGGACAGCAUCGACAGCAGCAACAUCAUCAACAACAUCAUCAAUAACAUCAAUAUCAUCAACAAUAGCAACAACAGCACCGACACCGACCGCACCAACAGAGGCCGUUACGGCCAUAUUGCCAAUUACAACAGCCAUAAUAAUGACACCACUAUCCAUAGCAGCGACAUCAUCGAGUAUUCCAGGUUGUGUUCAGCAACAGAAGCCCGUUGAGCACGGUCAUGAUGCAUGGGGGCUGGAAGAGGGGUCGCCCCCGUAUGUGGAAUUCGCGAAUCUGCCACGAUCGGAUGCGCAGAUGCAGCGCAGCUGUAAGGCCCUUGAGGGGCAGGGGCUUUGUGGUGAGUUUGAGGACCGACUUCAUGAUGACGAUGACGACGAUACCGCGGACGGCCUUCGGGACAGCGCCAUCGCCGUUGGAGAAGCGGCCAGGAUCGAUGAUGCUCUUGAUGAUACAAACAACAACAACAACAACAACAACAACAACAACAACAACAACAACGAUACGACUAGUGGAUGCAUGGGAUGGAUCGCAUGGAUGGAUGGGAUUGGUGGAUGGAAUCGGUGUAUGAUAUUGGUGGAUGGAUGGAUGAAUGAGAUUAGUGGAUGCAUGGGAUGCACGGGAUUGGUGGAUGGAAUUGGUGGAUGGAUGGAUUGGAUUGGUGGAUUUAUGGAUGGAUGGAUGGAUGAUAUUACUGGAUGCAUGGGAUGGACGGGAUUGGUGGAUGGAAUUGGUGGAAGGAAUUGGUGGAUGGAUGAUAUUAAUGGAUUGGUGGAUGGAUGGAUGGAUGAUAUUACUGGAUGUAAGGGAUGGAAGGGAUUGGUGGAUGAGAUUGGUGGAUGGAUGGAUGGAUGGAUGGAUGAUGGGUGGAUGGAUGGAUGAUACUACCGGAUGCAUGAGAUGGAUCGGAUGGAUGGAUGGGAUUGCUGGAUGGGAUUCCUGGAUCGAUGGAUGGAUGAGAUUGGUGGAUGGAUGGAAGGGAUGUUUGGAUGCAUGGGAUGGAUGGAAAGAACAGUUUCAUGCGAUUGGUGGGUGGAAUGGACUGCGACGGACGAAAGGAUAAAGCUUCGAUGAAUUG